GAAGAAGAAAGAGAGAAAGGAGAGGGGAAGAGACGAGGAGAAGAAGAGAGAGUAGAGAGAGGAAAAGGGAAGGAGGAAAUAAGGAGGCAGAAAAGAGAGGAGGAGGAGGAGGGAGGGAAAAGGAGAAGGGGAGAGGAGGAGAUAGGAGGGAAGAGAGGAGAGGAGAGGAGGGGAGAGAGGGAAGAGAUAGGAGGAAGGAAAAAGGGAAAAAUGGAGGGAAGGAUGAAGGGAGGAGAGAGGGGAGAGGAGGACGGGAGGGAGGAGAAGAAGAGGAAGGAAGAAGAGGAGAGGGGGGGAGGAGUAGGAGAGAGGGGGGAGACAAAGAGCGGAGGAGAAAAAGAGGAAGAGGAGGAAGAAGAGGAGGAAUUGGAAAGGAAGACGGACGAAGAG